UCUUCCUCACUCGCACAUUAUUCCAAUAUUCAAAAUUCGACAACUCUGUGAUUAUGGCGUCCUGGAAAAGCGUGAAGAAGGAGAUCAGCCGAUUUAUCGGCCAAGUAGAGAAGCGCGGCGUUUCGUCAGCAUGUGUCGUCGGUCCCCACGGCUCUGGCAAAAGCACCGGAAUGGUGGCGCAUAUCGCUAAGCGUGUGAUGGACAUCGAGGAUACGACGCUGACGUAUCUGCUUUCGACGCGGCUGGAAGCCACGUAUAUGGCCGACCUAUUGGGCGGCCACGAGAAACUCGGACUCCACGGCUACGUAAUCCGUGGAUUACCAGCACCCACCACUUCCCGCACUGAGUACACUGGUGAAAACCAGUGCGUUUGCGUGGCGAGCUUUGACGAAGUGCUGGGCUCCUUCCGACAAAACAGUCGGCUGCCGUUUGGCAGAAGAGCCGUGGUCCUGGUGGAUCUGGAGACCAAUCCCACCACAGACGGAGAGGUGCUUCUCGGCCAUCUCCUUGAAUGGGCCCGUUCUUGCCGCGACGUCGAAGGAUCUUCCUGCGCCGUCCUGACCAUCUCCCCCUUCCGCUCCCAGAGAGCAUGGGAUAUCAUGGCGAAUGUCAUCGGCUACAGCCCGAUCGAGAUCACCAUCGCCGGCGACGACGUCGCCGUCCCGGUCGCGCGUGUCAGCGCCGAUCGUAUGGAGCACGACGUCAAGAAGCUGAUGAAGCUCGCCGAAGAAGACAAGGGAACGAGAGUCUUUGUAGCAUACCAUGACGAUGAUGAUGACAGCGACGAUGACGAUGACGAUGACAGCGACGAGUCAGCAGCCCCUGGCGACUACGGCCAGUUGGUUCCCCAGACUGUGCGAGGAUCGUAUAUGUUGGACGGCGUCAAGGACGCACCUGGCCUGGUGAUACUUCCCAGUGUAGGGUUCUCGCUCCCCGUGCCUAGAGUCGGACACUUCUUCUCGAAGGCCGACGUCGAAGAGCGUGUCUUCGAUCGCGGCACGAGUCAGAUCGUCUGGAUCACGAGGCCUAAGACGCGGGUGGAAGUGCUCCGAGAGCAGUCUUGGCUCGUCAAGUCAAGCGUGCCUGUGGAAAACACGAUUUUCCACGCCUCGUACGACGUAUCCGCGGUGCGUCCCAGCGAUUCGGAACCUGCUGGCGAGGCCUACAGCGCCGACAUCAUGUGGACGGCUCUGAGCCUGGCGGACGCGUGGCCGUCGCGGCCGUCCGGCUUGCUGCCCGUGAGAACACCGCCUGACGUCCUCGCCAUGACGCUCGCCUUCGAUCGCCUCCUUCUCACCGGCAGCAUCGCCAAGCCGGCAGGCCCGACGGUGAUAGGCCAGGCCACCGCCUUGGGCCGACGCAUGCUCGAGCUGAAGCGGCUCGCCGCGAACAUCAGGCAGCUCCGAUACGAGGAGGCCAACCUUCUAGCAUCCAUACCCGACUGCAAGGACAUGAGCAAGAACGCGCAGAGGGUCAUCGUCCGGCUGGCUUCCGUCCUCGUCCUGGGCGCCUCCGCCGUCUGCCAGAGGAACGAUAACGUCGCACGCCGCCCGUCCGCGAACGAAAUUCGCGGCGUUUGCGACGGCGUCGGAGCGAGGCUUGCCCACAAGGGAGCUGCGUGGAUAGCUCUCGGGGUGUACCAGAAGCUAGCUACCCGCGGAUCCUUGACCAGUCUCGGAGUGGAGCCGCUGUUGUUCGAUGGACCAAUCGUGACCAACGUCGCUAUGAUGAAGGUGGCGCACAAACUAGUCAAGCUCUUCGACGAACACUUCGGGUUAACCCCCAAGCGCGAGAUCCGCGACACCGAGCUCACGGACGAGGAGAUUCUCCAGGUCGAGGAUCGGCUCAUGCGAUCCUACAUUUAUCAAACCGUGGCCAUCGGCUCGGCCGGGGAGUUGCAACUGCUCGAUCUCGCGUCCCGUGUAGAGUUCUCCGCCUUCGAGUUGGAGAUUACGGAUUACCUUCGCCUCCGAAAGGUUGAGAACGCGAAGACCUGCUUCGCGGUGUAUAACACGCUGGAGUACGACAACAAGUACUUCGUCGGAGGCAUCACCACCCUCCCCAGCCACCUCUUCCACAAUUUCCGAAGCGAGGAAGGCGCCCAUUUCACCAGGGCCCAGCGCAGCUACUACCCGCUCGGAGGUACUUAUCCCCAUAUCACUCUUUACGUAGAAGCUGACGAGCUAACUCAAGUAUUAGACCCGCCACAGUCAUCAACCGCGACGUGA